UUUCACGAGGCCGACGAGGGAAAGUCAUUCUUGUGCUUGAAGUCAAAAUAAACUAAAGCAGCUAACAGGACUUGAAUUUAAGUGAGAGAGAACAAGUACUUACAAGUCCUAUUGUGUACAAAUAUUGUCACUAAACUACAAAAAGUGCAAAUUAGUGCCAAGCUGUCUAAAGAAAUCAAGUGUUUAUUAAGCUGUUUAUGACAGUUUAGAACUUUCAUAUCUAAGAAGCUGUCCAGCAUGGAGGUGGAAACAGAUGUGUUAGCUGCAGUUUCAUCUACUGUAGAUAUACAGUCAAAUGAAUUAACAGAAUUUUCAUCUUCUGAAGAUUUGAAACCAGAUCUAUCGGCCAUAUUUUCAUCUUCUGCUGGCAUCAAAACAGAAGUAUUGUCAUUUUAUAAUUCUCAGAAUAUAAAACCUGACAUGACAUUUAAAACCACUCAAGAUGUUAAACCUGAUGUUACACCAGACUUUUCUUCUUCUGCUGGCAUCAAAACAGAAUUAUUGACAUUGAUUAAUUUCCAGGAUAUAAAACCUAACAUGUCAUUUAAAACUUCUCAAGAUGUUAAACCUGAUAUUAAUUCAGAAUUUUCUUCUUCUAAUGACAUAAAAAUAAAACCAGAAUUAUCAUUUUUUAAUUUUCAGGAUAUAAAACCUAACAUGUCAUUUAAAACUUAUCAAGAUGUUAAACCUGAUAAUACAUUUUCAAUUGAAAAAAUUAAUAAGAAACCAGCUGCAGCAGCAGUAUUUUCAACAUCUGAAAAUUUAAAACCAGAAUUAUCACCUACUGAAAAUUUAAAACAAGAUUUCACAACAGAAUUUUUAUUUUUUGAGGAUAAACAAGAAAAUGGACUUAAAGAUAAUCUACAUUUGUCUAGGGACAACGGAAAUAAAAUUGUUUAUUAUAAUCAAACAUUUUCUCAAAGUUCUGAAAGUAAUGUGCAUAACAAUGUUCAUUCUGAAGAUAAGCCAUAUGACUAUGAUGUUUGUCAUAAAAGGUUUUCUCAUAGUUCUGGUUUAAGUUAUCACAAAUAUGUUCAUUCUGGAGUUAAGCCGUAUGAAUGUGAUAUUUGUCAUAAAAGGUUUACUAGAAGAUCUAACUUAGGUAAACAUAAAAAGAUUCAUUCAGGAGAAAGGCCACAUGAAUGUGUUGUUUGUCAUAAAACCUUUGUGGAGGAGAAAUAUCUAUUGCAACAUAGAAUUAUUCAUUCAGGAGAUAAACCACAUGAAUGUGAUGUUUGCCAUAAAAGGUUUUCUAGAAGUUCUACUUUAAGAGAACAUAAAUUGGUUCAUUCAGGAGAUAAUCCCCAUGAAUGUGAUGUUUGUCAUAAAAGGUUUUCUCAAGGUUCUCAUUUAAGAGAACAUAAAAUGGUUCAUUCAGGAGAAAGGCCACAUGAAUGUGAUGUUUGUCAUAAAAGAUUUUCUGCUUCUCAGUUAAGAGCACAUAAAAAGAUUCAUUCAGGAGAUAAACCCCAUGAAUGUGAUGUUUGUCAUAAAAGGUUUUCUAGAAGAUCUAUCUUAGGUAAACAUAAAAAGAUUCAUUCAGGAAAUAGGUUACAUGAAUGUGAUGUUUGUCAUAAAAACUUUGCAAAUAAGAAUGUGCUAUUACAACAUAAAAAUGUUCAUUCUGGAGAUAAACCAUAUGAAUGUGAUGUUUGUCUGAAAAGAUUUUAUUAUAGUUAUGAUUUAAGAGAACACAAAAAAGUUCAUUCAGGAGAUAAACCACAUGAAUGUGAUGUUUGUCAUAAAAGGUUUUCUAGAAAUUCUGUUUUAAAAAUACAUAAAAAUGUUCAUUCUGGAGAUAAGCCACAUGAAUGUGAUGUUUGUCAUAAAAGGUUUUCUAGAAAUUAUGGUUUAAAAAUGCAUAAAAAUGUUCAUUCUGGAUAUAAGCCAUAUGAUUAUGAAUGUGAUGUUUGUCAUAAAAGGUUUACUCGAAGUUCUAACUUAAAUCAACAUAAACAGAUUCAUUCAGGAGUAAGGCCAUAUGAAUGUGAUGUUUGUCAUAAAAGGUUUUCUCAAAGUUCUAACUUAGGUAAACAUAAAAAGAUUCAUUCAGGAGAAAAGGUGUAUAAUUGUGAUGUUUGACAUAAAAUCUUUGCAAAUAAGAAUAAUCUAUUACAGCAUUAAAAAGUUCAUUCAUUAUAAAGGUCACAUGAAUGUGAUGUUUGUCAUAAAAAAUUUGUGGAUAUGAAGGAUCUCUUUCGACAUAAAAUUGUUCAUUCUGGAGCUAAGCCAUAUGAAUGCGAUGUUUGUCUGAAAAGAUUUUCAAAUAGUUCUCAUUUAAGAACACAUAAAAAGGUUCAUUCAGGAGAUUAACCACAUGAAUGUGAUGUUUAAUAUAAUGUUUUCUCAAUAUUCUAAUUUAAGAACACAAAAAAAGAUUCAUUCAGAUGAAAGGCCACAUGAUGAAUGUGAUGUUUGUCCUAUAAAAUUUGCUUGUAAGUGUGAUUUAUUAAGACAAUUUUGUUCAUUUGGGAAAAAAUCCAAAUGAAUUUGAUGUUAAUCCUAAAUGAUUUACUCAGAAUAGUUUAACUACAUAUAAAAAACUUUUUUUGGCCAUAAAUGGUUUUUUCAACAUUCUCAAUUAAGUGCACAUGAAAAAAUUCAUUUAUGAGACAAGCUAUAUGAAAGUGGUAUAUGUCAUUAAAGGUUUUCUAGAAGUUGUAGUCUAAAUGAUGUUUUACACAAACGAUUUUCUCAAAUUUAAAUACUCUAAAAAAAUUCAUUCUAUAUGUAAGACAGAGGAAUGUGAUGUUGGUAAGGAAACAUUUUCUUUUAAAUUUACUUUAUAUAGAAAUUCAUCAUGACUUAAAACCAAUUUAAAAUCAUUUUUGACAUAAAAUUAAUAUCUAGCAAAUUAUUAUUAAUAAAUUUCUUAUAAUUUUUCUCUGCACAUAACUUCUAAUAGUGGGCCAUAGUUAAUAAAUAUUUAUAUUAUAAAAAGGUUCUUUUGUCAAAGAGUAUACCUCGUCAAUUAUUAUACAUACUCUAAAAAGAAAUUGUAUUCUGACUGUAAAAGGAAAUAGCAUCUUAUUGUCAGCUGCAUGUGUACAAUUUUUUCAUUAUGUAGCUUUCUUUUUGUGUUAUUUGUAAAUAUGUAUGAUAGGAGAAGUAAGCUUUCACUUCAGGGACCCAGGGUUUUAUUUUUAUACCCGCAUUGUUUUGUUCAGGCCACACAGUUAAUUUGCCUGUUUCAGAUUAUAUAAAAUUGACAAUGCACAUUCAUUGGGACAAGGAAGUUUACCAAUUCUGAUCAAACCAAUUGCACAUUAACAAUCACAGAAGCUAACUAAAAUAAAACACGCUGUUCAACUUCGAUGUAUUAUUUACAUUUACUAGAUGUUUACAAUAUAAGUACUGAAACACAAUUCUCAUUCUUAACUUUACACAUUUACACUACUCACAAACAGCUCAGUCAGACAUACAGCAACAUGACAGAAUAUCAUGUUGACAGUUAAUACGACCUCCAUUAGACAAGUACAAUGACAUCAGACCAGCAGUCACAAUGGCACCUGGCCAAGCAGCAAUUUUUUUUUUCAUGUUGUUUCAUCAUUGCUAAGGCUUAUGGUCACUUCCUUACUUUUGCUAAAUGUUUUAUUUUAUUAAAUUAAAUGCAUUUGUAACAUGUUAUAUAUAGAUUUUAUCUUUCUUUACACCUCAAGUCAAUAUGAACUUUAUGCCAAAUCUCAGACUCCUCUCUGCAUACUAUGUGAUUGAAAAGAUAAUAAAAUAAUUUUCUUCACAUAAGGCUAUACAAUUUAAAGAUUAACCACACAUUUCAAUGUCAUAAAUUAACAUUAAUUUUUUUUACAAAAACAGCAUAAAAAUUAUAAAUUUGAAGAAAAGAAAGACUAGAGCUGCAAUUGUUACAUUUUGGUAUCUUAGUUUCAACGUAAUGUUAUUUUUGGCUAGUUAUUUAAUUUUUUAUUCCUUACUAUUAAAAAAAUAGACUUGUAAUCUAAAUUCUAAAGUAGUGAAUUAUUACAAAUUGUAACGUGAAAAUUUUAAGAAAUAAAAUGGCUAAAGUGUGUGGCAAAUUUUAUUAUUAUUGUUUUUCUAACAACAGUUUAUGUAUGUAAAUUCCAAUGAGGCCAAUGUGUUUUGAAUGCUGGGGUGUAUUUUCCUCUCUUGUGAUGCUCCAAAGCCUGUACCUGCAAGUUAGGUAAGUUCAGUGUCGGAUAACAUUUGUUUGUUACUAAUGUUAGUGUGAGCGGGUAAAUGGAUGUCUUAUUUUGUAUUAUUUUAUUGUGUGAGAAUCUGCAUGAAUGGUCCACUUGACAGCGGCUACAGGGUUUCCCGUUCUGCACGAAGCGGUCAGUAAAAACUUACCGCUUGGAUAAUUUCUUUCUUUUGACCCUAGGCGAGAUGUAGAUCAGGUCAGUUUCUGUGUGGGCUCACCUCGUGCGUGAAGGUAUUUGUGUUUUUUAUUGUAUUUGUAUAUGUGUGAUUGGUAUGAAAGCGACUGCCGAUAAUUCUCGUUUUCUUUCUUUUUCGUCUGAAAAGAGAUAGUGGGCAUCGGCUUGUCUGGUAUACUUGUGGUGUUUUCUUUUUUGAAAGAUUUUAAUUGUAUUUUGGUAUUUUCUAAAACCCUUGGCGUGUUUUAGACCACGUGGUUUAGGUCGCUCUGUUUAGGAUGGUUUCCCAAACUGGUUUGAGUGUGUUUGUGUAUUUUACUUUUUUAUUUUAAAGUAUUGUUAUUGUGAGUUCCCCACGAUGACUAAGUUGGGCUCAGUCACAAGUAAUUUUGUUGUGGUUGUCUUAGACAGUAAUAAGUGUAUUUUAGUUUGUCUCGAGUUUUAGGUUGCUGUAAAAUUAAUGUGUGUGAUGUUUCUUACAAUGUCAUGUUGAGUCACUUGCUUUGUGUCUACCUCUAUUUGGGGCCUUAGCGGGGUGUGUUAACUUUAUUGUUAUCAAUGUGGAUGUUGUAUAGGUAGACCAAUGGCUUCGUGCUGCUCAUUGUGUAGGAUAAAUUGGUUCU